UUUGUAUAGGAUAGGAUAUUUUUCCAAAUGAAUUUUAUAUCCUUUCGAUACCAUCCAAAAUAUUAUCUUUUCCUAAGCCAAAUUUCACCAUUGAAACAGAGCUCGUGCACAAAACCCUAAUCCUGUCUUACUGUCUAAUCUCUCCGCUUUUGUGAAAUUAAUUUGAACCCAUUUCAAUUCAAAACCAGGAAACGAAACUAACUUAAUAAAAAAUUGUCUUGUUUCGGAUUUGAUGUUUUCUUGAUUCUCCAUUGUUGGCAAAAUUAGGGAUGACCUUGUUCUUGAUUCCACGACUUAGCUAAAUUGAAGGAGGUUGCUUAGAAUUGCAUGAAGCAUGCCAUUGAUGAGCUCCUUUUUGACAUAUGGAUGAACGUAUAGAGGGAAACUCCUAUCAAUUUGGUGAUCGGCAUACUAGUAAUGUUGUAAUAUAUCUGAGAAAAAAUAAAGGAAGAACAGAAGUCUUCUAUACACAUUCUUUCAUUCUCAAAAGCAACAGCAAAUAUUUUGCAGAUAGACUUUCCGAUCGAAGCUCUUGCUCUUAUAUAGACAUUGAGUGCACAGAAUUUGAUUACGAUCUCCAUGUUGAACUUCUAAGGCGUCUGUAUCUUCCAGCAGACUCACUGUUGGAUUCCUGGGACUCAGUUCGAUCUGCUCUUGGUAUUCUUCAGGUGGCUAUCUCUUUACACUGUGAAGGAAUAGUAGACAGCUGUAUUCAAUACCUGGAGGCUGUUCCUUGGGAAGACAGUGAAGAGGACGAGAUCUUGAAAGUAGUUUCACAACUGGGUCCAAUAGCAAUGCCCAUAUUGGCUAGGAUCCAACCAGUCGAUUCAAGUGCUACAAAAGACGUUUACAUCUCCGCUAUACGUUUUGCCACUUCCAUUGAUGAUCUGUGCCCGCCAUUUGGAGAUGAUCUUAGAACUUCAGCCCAAGAACAAGUUGAGUACAUGCUUGGCGAUGAUGACGACAUGCCAUUUGUUAUAGCUGAUGACGAAGUAAAAUUGGAGACUAGAAUUAGUUUGUCCAAGAUUUUUUCUUCAUUUGAAACGGAACUAUCCUUCCUAUUGGAAUCUGAUGUAACAGUCGAGCUAGCAGAGAACAAAAUAAUGCGUAGAUUAUCCGAUCUUGAAUGGAUGUGCAAUAUUCUGCCCAAGAUGGAUCUAAUGAAGGAUUUUGUUGCCAAGUGGGUGGAUAUCUCUAAUAACUUAUUAGCCAUUCUUGAAGACCAGAAACUUGAUUCUGGCAUGUGGUGUUUAAAACUAAAGCUGAUAGAAGUGACAGCGAAAGUAUUGGAUGCAGUGGGAUAUGGAAAUGUAAUUCUUCCCGCUCCAUCACGAGUGCUACUGCUAAAAUCAUGGCUUCCUUACAUAAGGAAACUGAAGCCCAUUCUCGAUUCAAUGAGCAACAAGGAUAUUGCAUUUGCUUACAAGAUGGAUGAAGACCUUUGCCAGAGUAUUGAAGGAGCAAUAGUGUCGUUAAUUUCAGCACUGCCAUCAAAUGACCAAGCGGACAUUCUUGCCGACUGGAUGGGCACUGAACAGCUAAGAUAUCCUGACCUAAGUGAGGCCUUCGAGGUAUGGUGUUACAGAACAAAGUCUGCUAAGAGAAGAUUAGAGGAGGGUUUGGACACUCGAUAAUGCUGCCGUCAGCCACUGAUGGAUGACUCCUAGUUUUUGUUGUGUGACUGAUUGUUGAUGCGCUGUUGCAAACUUCCAAUUUUGCUGCUGUAUUAUCUUACAUUAGCAUGAUUUAUUUCCUAGCAGUUUCCGAACUUUCCCGUUAGUUUUUUGGUCUAAACUAAAGAUUGCAUAGGAACAAUUGACUUCUGUAAUAAUUCUCGCGUCACACAAUGCAAGAGCUCCUUGUCAAUUAGCUCAAUCAAUUGUAUAAA